AGGGAGCGAGCGCGCGCCCCGGCUGCUAAGGGAGGAGGGACUCGAGCGAAGUCGCUGGAACUCUGCGGAGUUGGAUGAAGCGGGGAACUUGACGACUUGGCAGCUGCUUCGGAAUUCCUUUAUACAACUGACAGGAGGAGGGCGGCGAGAGCGAGCGAAAGUUUCGGCGGGGUGGUUUGUUCCAAAGAUGACCUUGGCUUGUCCUAAGAAGCACGGGCAACCUUGAACUGCUUAGAAGACCUUUCCAGCUGACCUUCCUGCCACACGUAGCCUAAGACUUUAGAGGACUGCUGAAGAAAAUUCUCUAAAUAUUUUCAGGAUGUUGCUUCAGUGCUUAAGUCCAUGGCCCUGAUGCUGCAAAUACAGGAACUCUGCAUGUCCUGCUUCUCCACUUGUUGCCUGUACUGGAAAGAAAGAACUAUAUGUUACAGACUGCUUGCAGUUGUACUUUUAGUUCUGCCUGCAGAGUGAUUCUUGCAAUCUUGUUUGCAGAUCCAAUACAAAUUGAAAAAUAGGAAACAACGGCAUGAAGACAAACAUGUUGACAAAUGAGUGAUUUAACUCCUAUGAGAGCAAGUAGCUGUUGUUACCCUUGGUGAAAAUUUGGGCUCAUCACGAUUAAAUUACACACUGGGUGAUUUCUCAUCAUGAAUCGUGCUUUUAGUAGGAAGAAAGACAAAACAUGGAUGCAUACUCCUGAAGCUUUAUCAAAGCACUAUAUUCCCUACAAUGCAAAGUUUCUUGGCAGUACAGAAGUGGAGCAGCCCAAAGGUACAGAAGUCGUGAGAGAUGCUGUUAGAAAGCUUAAGUUUGCAAGACAUAUCAAGAAAUCUGAAGGUCAAAAAACACCAAAGGUUGAACUACAGAUCUCAAUAUAUGGAGUGAAAAUUCUAGAUCCAAAAACAAAGGAAGUACAGCACAACUGCCAGCUCCAUAGGAUAUCGUUUUGUGCUGAUGACAAAACUGACAAAAGGAUAUUCACUUUCAUAUGCAAAGAUUCAGAGUCAAAUAAGCACUUGUGCUAUGUCUUUGACAGUGAAAAGUGUGCAGAAGAGAUAACUUUAACUAUUGGUCAAGCAUUUGACCUGGCUUACAGGAAAUUUCUGGAAUCUGGAGGAAAGGAUGUUGAAACAAGAAAACAAAUUGCAGGGUUACAGAAAAGAAUUCAUGAACUAGAAACAGAAAAUAUGGAACUAAAAAACAAGGUACAAGAUUUGGAGAAGCAGUUAAGGAUAACCCAGGUGCAAACAUCACCACUGCUCCACAUACAGUCUGAUUAUGAACAUGACAUGAUUCAAAGACCCACCACCUUUUUCUGGUGUAGCAAUGAGGAUUCUACUCCUUGUUUAGACAUCUCUUCCAUUACACUAACUCCUAUGAAUUCUCCUGACUCCAGACACUCAUCUGGACUAUUAACACCACCACCUUCCAAAAGUGUUCUUCCAAAGCCAGUCCAUGAACACAGCAUCCCAAGACCUCGUGCAGGCAGUGUGACACCUAAAUCACCCUCCACUGACAUCUUUGAUAUGGUUCCCUUUUCUCCAAUAUCCCCUCAGUCAUCAACACCUACUCGCAAUGGCACACAGCCUCCGCCAGUGCCCAGCAGAUCUGCAGAGAUCAAGAGAGACCUUUUUGGAGCAGAACCUUUUGACCCUUUUAGCUGCGGAGCAGGAGAUUUCCCUCCAGACAUUCAAUCCAAACUAGAUGAGAUGCAGGAGGGGUUCAAAAUGGGACUGACUCUGGAAGGCACAGUAUUUUGUCUCGAUCCUCUAGACAGCAAGUGCUGAUGCCAGGAACAGAAAUAUGAAAAGAUAUCACCAUCUUUUAUAUAAAAAAAAGGUUUAGAAAUGUGUUACAAAUACUGUUAAUGUGCCAAAAAUAUUUUUCAGCUUGUUAACUUUUGUGAGGUUGCUUCUGUAAUACUCCAGAUAGGUUCCAGUAUUAACCCUGUACAAAUGUAAAAAGUCACACAUGUAUAUGAAAACCAAAAUGAAAUCACACUGCUGUCUUUCUUUGCCUUCCUUAUUUUGGAAGUCAUCUUCUGUACCUAAUGGCAACUUACUGUGUGCUGUGGGAAGUUCAUUGAACCAUUCACGUAUAUCACUUCUUGUUGGCAGGUAAUAAAUAUCCUUUGGGACUCUUAUUGGAAAUGGCAACACUAUAACAUCCCCUCAGUUAGUUUCUUGAUUCCAAAGCUGUAGGUGAAUGCUCAUGCAAUUUUGUCAAAAAUCACGGAGAUACUGAAAUUCACUGUGUAUGCAUGUGAACAGUCCAUAAAUUCCUGCUACUGUCCAGGAUUCAAGCUGAGUGUCCAGUGCGCUUUUCUCUGUCUCUUCACAUAGACUCUUUCAUGUGAAUGAAUGGAUUUUCUGCAUGCACAUGUACCUCGAGAUAAAAGUAUGUGAUGGAGGCAGUCCUAGUGCACAUCAGAAUCAUUGGAUUACGAUGAUUGUGUACAUUUACUAUGUUGAGUGGACAUUACCUAGAUUAAUGUGUUAAAACCUGAAUCUGUAACUGUACCUAAUAUCCAUAUACUUUUUUUCGUUAAAACAAAAAAUAUUUUGAACACUUUAAAUAGAGGGCUCUGGAACAUACAGCCCUCCAGACUUGAAUUGCCAUCAGCCCCAGUCAAUGUGACCAAUGGCUAGGGGUGAUGGGAGGUGAAGACCAGCAACAUCUGUAGGGCAACAGAUUGCCCACCCCUGCUUUAAGACUUCUGAUUAGGUAUGCUAAUCACUUAUUUUCACAUUACUAAAGGGAUUUGGGGUUUGUUACACAAAAAGCUACACUCUUCCCUGGCAGUCACAUGGUAAGUGAUGGUCUAUUUUCACAUCUACAUAUACACGCAAGCAUUCCUCUGUGCUCAGAACAAAACCAUAUUUAGGAUGGGGUCCAAUACCCCACUAAACAACACAGAUACUUGGAAAUUCUAUUGAUUUUAGUGAAGGUAAAUGAAAAGGGCAUAUGCUUAGAACACUGCUUGUAGUGCACGUUAAGUUCCCACGUGCAAUAGAAAAAUCUAGCUCGGAUUGCCUUAUACAUGCUUUCGCUGAAAGAGGAACCUGAAUGUUUUGAAGUGAAAACCUUCUAUAGAUUUCAGAGGCUUCAAGAUUCUAUCGUUCAGUGUGUGAGCAGCCUGGAAAGUAGUCUGAAGGCACAUGAUGAAGUUCUGCUGAUGAUGGUUUUGGUCCUGGAAGCUGCCAGGAUGGGAGGUCAUCUGGGAAUCCUAUAAAAGCUGCUUGAAUCAUUAGCUUGAUAAAUAAAUAUAUCUCAUUUUGCAAUGUAAAUGUGAUUUACAGGUCAAUAAUUUGAAAACAAAUACCCAGAGAACAAUGGUGGGGACAGAUAAUCCUUUUGUCAAUGCAAUUGUGCACAGGAACCAGUUGCUGAGCAUCAGUGUAUGUUUUUUCAGUAGCCUUCAAACUAGCAAUAAAUGAACAUUUCGAUUGCACAUUUCUUGCAUUCACCAAUGAAAUUGGUACUUCAUGUUUCCCUUGUUGGCAUAAUUUUUUUCAUUGUAUAUAUAUAUAAAAGACAACAGUUAUUUUGGAGGGGAAAUUUCUUUUCUGUAAGGAUCCUUUCACUGAAAAGACUAAAGGUGUUUUUUUUAGGGGGUAGGAUGCAUGGGAAAAAUAAGAGAAGAAAUGUAAGAGAUUAUUUUACUGCUUAUAUCUUUAAGAAGGAAAAUAACUAGUUUUCUGGUACUUCAGUUGAAAAAUAUAGUUUUUGACCUUAUAUUGUGAGGUUUACACAGAAAAUAGAAUGCAUUUAUGCAAUAUUAUUACCUUUUGGAAGCUUAGUUCCAGCCAUGGAAGAUGCUUAAGCAGAUGCCUGGACAGUCUAGGAUUCUUCACUUGCUUAAAGUUAGGCACCUGCUUAGGUAUGCAACUCCACUGAAUCGUAACUGUUUUGCAUUGUGUUAAAUCUUCCUUUAUUAUUUGAUUGGCCUGAAUGUAUAUCUAUAUCUAUGGACAGAAUCCAAAGAGAACUGUGUGCAUGCAUAAAGUGCUUCUGUACAGGUAUGGAGACGAAUGUUAUUCCCCCUCCCCCUUCUGGAUACAAACCCUCACAUCGCACUGAAUGCCGUUCCAGAGGGCACUCUGACUUUCAGAAGCAACUUUGUGAAGAGGGAGGGUACAAGUAGCUUCAGUGAGAAGGGUGGGGGCUGGAAACGUCCAAUGCACAUGUAAAACACCACAAAUGGUCCUUUGGAUCCUGGUCUAUGUGCCUGUCAAUAUAGGUAUAUAUAUAUGAAAUCAGUAAUGAGUAGAGUAGGCUAUGUUUCAUAGAAAGAAGUCUAUAAUUUUGUCAUAUAGUAUUUUGCAAUUUGUACAAUGAGGUUGUUUAGUAGCCAUAUUAAUGGCUUUUUUAAACAAAUAGUAUUUUUAUUGUACUUUUUAAAAAGCUUUAUGUAAUAAGCAUAUAUUUAGGGUUCAUUUACUAUGUAUGGUAAGAAAACACUCAGAAAAUAUUUGCACAUUUUAAGAAAUCUUAUUUUACCAAUUUUUAUGGGAAUCGAUUCUGCAAAUUGUUAAAUAUGAUCUAACUGAUCAAAUCAGUACAAGAACGCCUAAAUUAAUUCAGUAAGAAAGUACAUUUUUAAUGAGGUUUAGUGUUCUGGUUGAAAUUUGUAUUUC